CCCUUCCUUCGCUCAUUUUCCCAACAUGGCGGCCAGGAGGCUGAAACGCGUGGUGGCCUCGCAGCCGGGUUUUAUGAAGUUAAAGUCCACUUCAGACGACGGGAACUCGAUCAGCGAUCGGAGAAAACGUGUGAACAAGAAUAAGAAGAAGAACUGGAACAAACACAGCGACGUUCAAGACGUAGACGAGUUUCUACAGGACGUCAGACACCAGGAGAGGACCACGGGGGGUCUGCUGUGCGAGAAACCAGACGACAGUUUGUUCUUUUUGGAUGUCGGACCGCCGCAGAAAGCCGAACAGAAGGCUGCACCUCUCGAGGGGAAGAGGAGGAAAGGGCGAGAUUCACGUCCUCUGAGGAUAGACCUCAUCCUGCAGCACGACUCGCUGGUUCCACCACCUAAAGAUGUGCUGGCCUUCCAACAACCGAACGCCAAGAAGCUCCGCCGUAUUGCCCAGAAGGCCGAGCAGCUGGCAGCCAAAGGCGUGGUGCCGCGGAGGCAGAAACAGCUGCUGAACAGAAGGUCGGUGGAAAGGACGGCCAAGAGGGCAGUGACAGAAGCCAAUAACAACCCAGACAGAGACUAUUACGACAUGUGGGGACAAGAGGCUCCAAACCCAGCCGACCCCUGGUACCUUCAACAGACGGGCAAGUCGCGAGUGAAGCGCCCGGAGAAGUUGAACCAGAAGCCGUCUGUGCUUCCUGCGGUGGAGGUGAUUGCUCCCGGAGGAUCGUACAACCCAGACUUCUUCUCCCAUCAGUCCCUGCUCCAGGAGGCCCACGAGGUGGAGGUCAAGAAGAAAAAGGAGGAAGACAAAAUACAGAGACAGCUGGCUGUCAACAGAGAAGACACAGCAACAGAGGAAACGAUUUUAAGAGAGCAGGUGGAAGGUUUGGUAGAAGAAGAGAACGAAGAGGCAGCGGCCCCUAACGAGGAGGAGGGGGGUGUGACGGUGGGAGGAAUCACACGGUCGGACAGAAAGACGGAGAGACAGAGGAAGAAAGAGAGGGCUGAAAAAGUCAAGGCGCAGCGGCGGCUGGCCGGCAAACGGCACAUCGACCAGCGGCAGCAGCUCUUCCAGCUUCGCUCCAUAAAGGCGUCCAUCAAGCAGCAGGACCAGAUAACCAAGACCAAGCAGAAACAACGCAAGGCUAACCAGGAGGCCGAGAAAGCUCAGCCCAGGCGCCUCGGCAAACUCAAGUUUCAGGCUCAGGACCUGGAGGUCAAGCUGAGUGACGAGCUGGCUGGCUCCCUGCGACAACUCAAGCCAGAGGGCAGCGUCCUCAAGGACCGCUUCAAGAGUCUGCAGAAGAGGAACCUGAUCGAGCCGAGAGAAAGAGCCAAGUUCAAGAGGAGACUCAAGGUCAAGUAUCAGGAGAAGAGGGCUUUUAGAGAGAUCACAUAGAGCCGACCGCCGCAGCUGGACGCACGAGACUGGACAGAAUUUCAAGCCACGACCCGACAUAAUUGAACUGUACAUACACGUUAAUAACUCUUUCAGACAAAAACAAACAUCAACUGAUGAAUAAAUAUUUGUAAUUCCA